GCUUCUGACACGAAAUAAACAUCCAGACGCAACAGGCAGGCCAACUCUUGUUGAAAUGAAUGGCAUGACGAAGCGAUCGCGCGGCCAGCCCGUGCCCGUCGUCGUCACGGGCGACCAGCACACGUUCACCCUCGACGAGGAGGCCAUCGAGAGCAUUCUGCUGCAGGACCAUGUGCGAGACCGGAAGGUCGUUGUCGUGUCGGUAGCUGGCGCGUUCCGGAAGGGCAAGUCCUUCCUGCUCAACUUCUGCUUGCGCUUCAUGGAGAAGACGGGAAGCCACGAUUGGUUGUCAGACGAGCUAGCCCAUCUUGAUGGAUUUCCAUGGAAAGGGGGUUCAGAAAGGUACACAACAGGGAUUCUGAUGUGGAGCGAAGUGUUUCUUGUCGACACACCGUCCGGUGAAAAGCUUGCUGUUCUGUUGAUGGACACCCAAGGUGCAUUUGAUAGUCAGUCGACAGUGAAGGAUUGUGCGACAGUGUUCGCUCUCAGUACAAUGACCAGCUCAGUACAGGUUUUCAAUUUGUCUCAAAAUAUCCAAGAAGAUGAUUUGCAACACCUUCAGCUCUUUACCGAAUAUGGGAGACUGGCACUAGCAGAUUCAGACAGCAAGCCAUUCCAGAGCCUGGAGUUCCUCGUCAGAGACUGGUGCUAUCCAUAUGAGGCAGACUACGGUGCAGAAGGAGGAGCUAAAAUAUUGGAGCGAAGGUUGCAGGUGUCAGACAAGCAGCAUCCAGAGUUGCAGCAGGUCAGGGAGCACAUAAACAGCUGCUUCGAUAAGAUCGGCUGCUAUCUCAUGCCACAUCCUGGACUGCUCGUCGCCACAAACCCGAAUUUCGACGGGCGCCUAUCUGAUAUUGAACCCCAGUUUAAAGAGCAGCUGAAGUCUUUGGUUCCAUUACUGCUUGCCCCCGAAAACCUGGUGGUGAAGGAGAUUAACGGAAACAAAAUAUCGUGUAGAGAACUACUAGAAUACUUCAAGUCAUACAUCAAGAUUUACCAGGGUGACGAACUUCCAGAACCCAAGUCCAUGCUGCAGGCUACGGCAGAGGCUAAUAACCUGGCAGCAGUAGCAAGCUCAAAGGACAUGUACACUAAGGAAAUGGAACAGGUGUGCGGUGGUGACCGACCUUUCCUUGACCCGGAAAUGCUCGAGCGGGAACACCGCCGCUGCCUGGAGCACGCGCAGGCGGCCUUCCAGCACAAGAAGAAGAUGGGCGGCACGGAGUUCUGCCACGUCUAUGAGGAGCGUCUGAUCAACGAACUAGAGGAGGCGUUUGCGAACUUGCAGCGGCACAAUGAGAGCAAGAAUAUCUUCUCGGCGGCACGCACACCUGCCGUACUGUUCGCGCUCAUCACCAUCUGCUACACGCUGUCCGGAAUCUUUGCAUUCAUCGGCAUCCUGUCCCUAGCAAACAUGUUUAACAUGUUCAUGGGUGUGGCAUUAGUAAUGCUUAUAACGUGGUCGUACAUACGCUACAGCGGUGCUCACAGAGAACUCGGACAAGUUAUAGACCACACUGUCAAUUUUGUGUGGGAUAAGUUUAUAGCACCUGUGGUAGCACACAGCGUACAGAGAGCAAUUGAACAGCAAACGAUGGCACCACUCGAUAAGCGAAGAACAGACGAAAAGAAGUUACACUAGUGACUGAAUUGGAUGGCGCCGAGUCGCACCAGCCUGCAGGUUCCAACCGUUUACGUCUCCACGCUCUCGCGUCUUGGCAAGCUUCGUUCCGACUCCCAGCGCAAACCCUGCCGGGAACAGUAAGUGUUUGAUUUUGGGUGCAUCCGGGCUGUCGCCGUGGUGACGACGUGCCUCCGGCGUCCCGGUCACGCGACUGCACGAAAAUCGUGUGUCCCGCCGGUUUCUGGACGGCAUCCGGAAACCGGAAAACCGGCACCGCAACAUGACCGCCUGCAUCUGGUGCUGCCUCGCGUGGCUGUCCCGAUUUGUACACGUAGCGGACGUUUCUCUGUACUGCAACCAAAUGUGAUAUACAUACAGAAGAACAUCUGAGCCGUUCAUCAAAGCGAGUUCGUAGGUAGUCGAGAAGAUUUUUCGUUAUCCCUGUGAGACAACAGUGCCAUCCUGUGUUCAUGAAAGUUUCAGAAAUCUGCAGAGCAAUCAAUAUAUCGCCUUUCCUCUUGCUGUUUGAGGGUACCAAGUAUUUUGUUAUUAUCUAUGCAAUGUAUAUAUUGACUAUACGUUACAUCAAAAGUCCUGUCGGUGGGAGAUAAGACGACUAGGUUUCACUACAUUGUGAUUGCCAUUUAAAAGAUCAUGGUAACCUGUUUGUAAUGGUUGCAGAUGUUAUCCUAUUCGAUUCACUUCAGAUGAAUUUUAGAACCGAACUGAGCUGAGAGGACAAGAUUGGGUUUUUAGUAACAUUUUGUUGUGUGGUGGUCUCUUGUUGCUGUGUGUUGUACCUUACUCAGGAAUACCUUUUGUGCCGAAAAAUCAUCUUGGAUGUUUUCGCUUGCAGCUGCUGCGGUUGCUGUUGCUGCUUCUGCUGCUGCUACAGCUGCUGCUGCUGCUGCUGCUGCUG